GGGUUUUGUUUUUGUCGCGACGCGACUGUGUGAGUAUUAUGCCGAUAAAAAUUAAUUAUUUUUAAUUAUAAUCAAAUGUUUAACUGCAUACAUAUGUGAAGCUUACAGUGGGCUUGUUUUUGGCCUUAAACUAAUUUCAUCAAAUUAUUAUCCUACACGCUGCGUGGAUAACGAAACAAUUACCAACUCUGCCGCCGGCCCCACUGUUAAUCAACGUCUCCUAAUGUCAACCACAACCUCGAAUUUUAUUGCUACAGCAACGGAAGCGGAGCGGCAAGAGACGGAAACGCAAAGUCUUUGCUGUUGCGAAUAUAUUGGACAAGAUAAGCAGCACUUUCACAUACUAGGAUGCUGUUGUAAUUGUGAAGACUUUGACUUGGUAUGCACGCGCCUCAUCACGUGUAAACGCAUCAAAGCGCGCAACAUAGACGGCAUGUUGAUUGCCUUCCAGGAUCGCCUGCGUUUACCAUGGCGCGGUGGCGCCAAACGCAUAUCACCAGCUGCCCUGGCGCCCGCUUUGAUAGUGCCUCUUAUGAUGGGAUUGGCGGCUUUAAAUGCCAAGACUGCAAUUGUGCUAAUGCUAUCGUUGAUAGGAUUUGUCAGCUGGGGAUUGCAGAUAGCGGAACGCACGGCGACGAGAACAACGUUCUUUUUGAGCUGGAUUGUCUUUUCGAUUAUCUACAUGGUGGUGAUCUUUGAGUGCGAGGUGCCGCUACUGGAACUCUUGCCGGAGGAGAACUAUAUAUUGCUAUUAUUUUCAUUUGGAGCAUUGUAUGCGCUAUAUCGCACUAAGCAACUGGCGCCGCUGAAUCUGGUGACAGCACAGUAUGGCACCACGCCCAAGGAUGAGCUGCCGGGCAUCACGGAAGCCUCCAGUGGCGAGGAGCAGGCCGAACAGCAGUCACAAGACACUGUCCUGGGCAUUGAAGAUGAUGACGACAAUGAGCCGGGCAUAAACUCCGAAUCCGCUGGCCUCAUUCAGCAUGCCCAGCCCAAUAUUUGUGAGACAUGUCGCAAGGUGACACCGAGGCGCGCCUAUCAUUGCGCUGUCUGCGGCAGUUGCGUUAAACGGCGCUCCCAUCACAGCUAUUGGCUCAACUGUUGCAUUGGCGAGCGCAAUUAUCUCUGGUAUCUGGUGACCCUCGUCCUGUCCGAGUGUGCCUUGUUGCUGGGCGCCAAUCUGACAUUGACAGCGGUGUGUCAUCCGUUUCUGGUGGUGCGUCUGCUGGGCAUUCCAUUGCUCCUACCCGACGACUGCAGCGAGGUCUUUGAGGACUUUGAAUUGGGUAUAUCCUUCAUUGUGGCCGCCUAUGCAAUCCUCAUCUCUGGCUACAUCACCUGUGUGCUAGUGCGUCAAUUGUAUCUGUGGUAUCGUGACACCACUUUGCAUGAAUAUAAACGGGUUCCAGCCUCAAAUGGCAAUCGCAAUCGCGUCUGGAGCAACUGGCGAGCCAUUCUAAAGUGAUUAAGCACAAUCGCUAACUAAAUUGUCCUAAAUACUGGCACUUAUUAAGGCCAAGACAAUUGCAAUGUAUUCAUUUUGUCUGACUAAGCUGAAUCCUGAGCUAUAAUUAGGCCUAAAGUCGUAAUAUCCUCUUGUAGACAUUUAGAUUAUACCUAUUGUUUUAUGUGAUCUUAUGUUUUUCUAGAGAAGGCGCACAGUUUAGGCUUCUAAAUAUAAUAAAUCUAAUUAUAAUAAAAUUAAAAGCAUGUAGCAU